UGAGCGCUCACCUGCAGAUGAGAGAGCCGGGGAAACUCGGGGCAGAGCUGCAGCACACUCACGGAGCUCGGGAAGGGACGUAACGAACAGUCUGACCGCAAAGGGGGGAAUAACACAAUUAUUGAAGAAGAAUUUCCUAUCGACCCUCUUUCUGGUUCCUCGUCCAGGCAGCCCUGGUUUGCUUGUUCGCCACGAUGAGAUCUGACUUCGCUCUGGUCCUGACAGCAGCCCUUCUUUGUGACACAGUCUGGAGGAAUAAUGGGGAGCAUCUUUCCAAAGGUCCCUGCCGAGCUGGCUUUUCACAAAGCUUCUACUCUGUGCUGAUUUCAAGGGAUGUAUUGCAAGGCCAGGGCAUACAGAAAGAUACCAUCGUGUCAUCACAAAAAGUGAAGUUUGAUGACUGCAUGGGGAACCAAGCGGUGGUUUUCCAGAGCAGUGACCCUAACUUCAGCGUGCGGACAGAUGGUUCCAUCUUUGCCCAGGGAGAGGGAGCCAGCCUGGACGAGCCAGUCCAGUUUAAACUAACAGCAAGCGGUCCACACACACAGGUCUGGGGGACUGUGGUCCAACUGGCAGUAAUAGACCCACCGUCACCUCCACAAAAUGAAAAUGAGGUCACAAACGAAGAGGGCAAAAUCGCCGAGAGAAAAGAGAGGAAGGACGCGUUCCAAGAACCCCCUCCUGUCAUCAUGUUCUCAGGGUCCCCUGUGAAUGACUCCAAAGGUCUACGGAGACAGAAGAGAGACUGGGUGAUCCCACCAAUCAACGUGGCAGAAAACUCACGAGGACCAUUCCCUCAGAUGCUCGUCAGCAUCCGCUCAGAUCAGGACCAGGACAUCUCAAUCCGAUACAGCAUCACUGGGGUGGGAGCAGAUCAGCCGCCUAACGAGGUGUUCAACAUCGACCCGGUAGUUGGAAAGAUGUUUGUCACCAAACCUCUGGAUCGAGAACAUCGCUCCUCUUACCAUUUGCGAGCCCAUGCUGUGGACAUGAACGGAAACCAGGUUGAGAACCCCAUCGACUUGUACAUUUUUGUCAUCGACAUGAAUGACAACAGACCAGAGUUCAAAAAUCAGGUCUACAACGGCUCUGUGGACGAAGGCUCUAAACCAGGAACUUAUGUGAUGCAUCUCGCUGCAUUUGAUGCCGAUGACAACACCACAGCUAACGGAAUGGUGCGCUAUCGAAUCCUGUCUCAGACACCGCACAGCCCCAUCCCCAACAUGUUCACCAUCAACAGUGAGACCGGAGAUAUCGUGACUGUGGCACCUGGGCUUGAUCGAGAGAAAGUGUCCCAGUAUACCAUCAUCGUGCAGGCCACGGAUAUGGAGGGCAACCUGAACUUUGGCCUUUCCAACACCGCCACUGCCAUCAUUACUGUCUCGGACAUCAACGACAACCCUCCCAUGCUGACCUCCAGAACUUUUUCCGGUGAGGUCCCAGAGAACCGUGUAGACGUUGUGGUAGCUAAUCUGACGGUGAUAGAUGCCGACCAACCGCACUCACCAAACUGGAACGCCAUCUACAGGAUCCUCAGCGGAGACCCAACUGGUCACUUCACCAUUCGCACCGACCCGGUCAGCAAUGAUGGCAUGGUCACCGUGGUGAAGCCAGUAGACUUUGAGAUGAACCGGGCCUUCAUGCUGACUGUAGUGGUGUCCAACCAGGCCCACUUAGCUAGUGGCAUCCAGUCCUCGCUCCAAUCCACAGCCGGGGUCACCAUAUCUGUCCAGGAUGUCAAUGAGCCCCCUUACUUUCCAACAAAUCCGAAAAACAUCCGCUUUGAGGAGGGCGUCCCUGCUGGCACCAGCCUGACAACCUUCUCAGCCUCAGAUCCAGACCGACUACAGAUGCAGCAGACAAUCAGGUAUUCAAAGCUGAACGACCCGGCAGACUGGCUGUCCAUCAACAGGACCAAUGGUCAGAUCAUAACUACAGGCAUGCUCGACCGGGAGUCUGUCUAUGUCAAAAACAAUAUUUAUGAAGCUACAUUCCUGGCAACAGACAAUGGCUCUCCUGCAGCCAGCGGCACGGGCACCCUGCAGAUCUAUCUGAUAGAUAUUAAUGACAACCCCCCAGCACUUAUACCCAAGGAGUCUCAGAUCUGUGAGCGAGUGAACAGAAACGUCAACGGUGUCAACAUCACUGCCGCUGAUGCUGACACAGAUCCCAACGCUGGACCCUUUGUCUUCGAGCUGCCGAGCUUUCCCAGCAGCAUCCGACGCAACUGGACAAUUUCUCGGAUAAGUGGUGAUUAUGCUCGUCUCGGGCUGCGAUACCAGAUCUAUCUAGAGCCAGGGGUGUACGAGGUCCCUAUAACUGUGUCAGACUCGGGGAACCCACCGUUGUCUAAUAGGUCGGUCAUCAAAGUGAAGGUGUGUCCCUGCGAUGAAAACGGAGACUGCACCACCCUCGGGGCAGUGGCAGCAGCUGGUUUAGGAACCGGAGCCAUCAUCUCCAUCCUCAUCUGUAUCAUCAUACUACUCAGCUUGGUGCUGUUGUUUGUGGUGUGGAUCAAGCGCAGAGAGAAGGAGAGGCAGACCAAGCAGCUGCUCAUUGACCCUGAAGAUGACGUCAGGGACAAUAUACUAAAAUACGAUGAGGAGGGAGGAGGAGAAGAGGACCAGGACUAUGACCUGAGCCAGCUGCAGCAGCCGGACUCCUUGGAGCACAUCAUCAGCAAGCCGCCCGGUGUCCGCAGGGUGGAUGAACGUCCCAUCAUCCCAGAGUCCCAGUACCCAAUCAGACCUGUCGUGCCCCACCCUGGAGACAUCGGGGACUUCAUCCACGAGGGUUUGCGAGCGGCAGACAACGACCCCACUGCUCCUCCUUAUGACUCCCUGCUGGUGUUUGACUAUGAGGGCAGCGGCUCCACAGCCGGCUCCGUCAGUUCCCUCAACUCCUCGAGCACGGGGGACCAGGACUAUGACUACCUCAACGACUGGGGCCCUCGCUUCAAAAAGCUGGCCGAUAUGUAUGGAGGAGGAGACGAUUAAGUCUACCCAGACUCAUAUGUAUACACACAUACACACACACCCUCGUCCUGUCAGCUGGCCUGCUAUGCUCUGUCCCACUAUCCUAAACGGGGCUACUACACCCUGAUUGAACACACGAUAAAGACAUCUUCACACUGACCAACCAACCAACCAACCAACCAACCAACCAACCAACCAAACCCACCACAGAGGACCGCUGCCACGAGUCUCCUGCUUUGAAGCCUGUCUCAGAGUGAAGCAGAACCUCUGGAUUGCAGGCUUCUCAUAGUUUGUAUUUUCAAACUUGUGCUCAUGUUUCAUUUCAGGUUUUAUGCUUGAUGCCGGUUUUAGUUGUCACUCGUCAGAUUUUGUUUUCCUUGAGUUUGCGUAGCUUUUUUUUUUUUUUUGUCCCCACUCACCUUCAAUUGGAGCCGCUCCAUACGAAGAUUUUCCCUUUUCCGACACUGUCAGCCCCCCUCCUGCCUCUCUCUGCAGAAGCUUUAGGUCGAGCUGCUUGCUUUGUCUGAGGGGAACACAAGUGGAAAAAAAAGAACAACAACACGAAUAUCAAAGUCCUUCUUGCAUGGAGGGCCUUGGUUUAUUCUUUCUUGAACUUGAAUUACUUAGAACAGAAGCACUGUUGUUUAAAAAGUGCCUUCAGUGGUGCGUAUUUUAGCAGACUCCCGCUAACUCAGGAUUGGUUGCCAUUUUAUGGGCUCACAUGCCCCCCCCCCCCAUAUGACCCCUUACCCUUUAACUCAGACCUCCCCUUGUCAUCUCUAUGGUCCUGCAGUUCUGUAGUGGCUGCAGGAGAUAUCAGAGGAGCAUUGACUGGCUAACGAGGGCGAUUUAUUUAGUCAUACUGUAAACAGGCCUACAGUGUGUCUGUAAGUUAUGAACAAAACAUUUUAAGACAGGCAUUUCUGAGCUCCUAGAUCACAGCCAACUUGAAUGUGAUGACUAAAAUCACAAAAUUAUGGUAUGGGACAGUCUUAGAGAAGGAAUGCAUUGUGUGUCUUUGUUUAUUGUGGCUUCAAUAGCAGCUGUGUUUGUUUUGGGCUCUCUGUAUUUUCACAUAAAAACUUGGCUUGUUAUUACAUUUUAAAGGUCUUGUGUCGCUGUAUAUGAAGUGCUUAUGAGGGUUACUUUUAUUAAUAUUUGCCUUUAAGACCAUUAAGGUUAGCAUGUUUAACCUUGUCACCCAAAUGUAAUUACCAUGGCCUCAGUUAUUGUGCAGUAAAUAUAUGACAAAUAUAUCAAAACUGUACAAACAUGCAGGAAAUGAAAUACAGGAUUAGUUCAAGCAGCACUGAAAGUAUUGCAAACAGUUAUGAGCUUGUAAAAGCCCCAUUCUGAGUUUCUUUCUGUCUUUCUUUCUCUCCUUUUUUCUUUUGUUUGAUUUGCUGUUGUAGCUCGGCAAACUUUUAAUAUACAAACUUCGGGGUUCGUCCCUGUCACAGAAACUGUGGGAAUUGAGUCUCAGCCAGGGCUUUAGCGCCUUCACAAUCUGUCUCUCUUCAGGCACCGUUUCACUCAUCAGAAAUUUUCUCCUGAAAUUUUUGGCUGAAAGUUCAAGAGGUUUUAGAGACAAAGUUAGAGGAACGGAAAGUCUGUUGUGAAGCUCUACACUUUAUCAAAGCAGACUUGCACAACUAAAGCUCCAGUAAUGGCGUUUUAAAAGAGAGACAUUAUGAAAAAGAGUUUUGUUGUGUCUAAAUGAAAAAGCAGAGCUACCCAUGGGCUUUUGUGAUCAUGUUUCAGUCCCCAGAACUGCACGUCGAGAAAAGGGAGAAAGAGCUUUAGUCUUUGUAUUAAAUUAUUUAAAUAUGCAAAACAUCUCACACAGGGAAAGCAGAGAGAUGCUUGUGAAUGAUAGAAAGGUUUAAUCAUUCCUUAUCUUCUGAGUGCCCGUUGAAACACUUCUCAAUUGUAGCCUGUUUCAUCUUGAUGUGGACUGACCAGAUUUUCUAUUAAUUAUGGAUAAGAUGAAUACUUGGAGGAAAUCUCAGUAGUGACAGUGUUCUUUAGAUGUGAUUUGAUGAGAAGGAUGCUCUUUUCCUCCUUUUUUCCUGCUGCUUUUCAGCUACCUUCUCAUGGUUCACAUGAGAAUAACUGAUGAUCAAAACAUUCCCCAUGCAGGUUUUUCUUCAUCUGUAAUAAUACUCUUAUCACUACCUUCUGACUGGACUCAGAGGAUUUCACUUGUGACAAGAUGUAAGUCAAAUGAAUGCCUCUUAGUACAUAUAGAUAUUCAACAUGCCAAAACAAAGAAAUAAGGAUGGGAGUUUUAUUCCACUAUAAACAUGGGAAGGAACGUUGUGGUUUAAUUACUAAGGUUAACAGGGUAAGAAUGUCAUUAUUAUUUAGAUUAAUAGAUAAAUGUCUGAUGAAGUACUUUGCGGGGUAGACAUUAUCAGUGGCUUUAUUUUUAUUUUUAUUUUUAUUUUUUUUGCAUUUCUCAUAGUUUCUCACAGUUGACGCGAGAAAAGAGCAGUUUCAGAAGCGUGCUGCUGGAUCAGCUCUUUUCUUCCCCGGCUGCUGCUCAGCCUGAAGAGUAUCUCCACAAAAUAAACACAGCUGUUACUUUCUGCUAUUUGUGAUUAUUUCUGACAAGUACAUGUUGUAUAUACAGAACAGUUUUAUACAUUUGGUAACAUGAUUUAUCCGUUUCUGUGUGGCAUUGUCUUUCAUUUCAGCUCUGUUUCGAAUGAAUACUCGGCAAUGUAUAUUUCACCACUAAAAGCCAUGUUGCAUUUAAGAGAGUCGGUAUGAUUCUAUGUGAGCUUACAGCCAUACUCUUGUCGCUGUUUAAGAUUAGCUUCAUCAUGGUGUAAAGUUUUCACUUCAAACAAACUUGUACAGUCUUUACUAGCACACACUCACUCCUCUAGGCCUUACUGUAUAUAUUUGAGUGUUCUAUAUUAUAUAAGCCCUUUCAGCAUUGUUCUUAUUCAGCUGCGGGGCGCCAACAUAACUGAAGGCCAUCCAGCGUUUACUGAAUGAAGACAAGCUUCAGGCUGUCAAAUCAGACUGGAUUCAGGGCCAAACAAAGCAGGAGGCCCCCCACACACACACACACACACACACACACACACACACACGUUCAUAUACACACACUUUACACAAGGUAACUGACCUAUAACUGUGUCAUACAUAUAUACAUGACACAAUGCCAUUAUGAUACUGAAUGUUAUCAACCACUUAUCACACAUGGCAGAACAUCAUUCGUGGAGUCCGUCAAACUUGACACAACCAUGUAAAUGCAAUUUGUAUAGAGGAAAUGAAGGAAGGUUGGUGAAGGAAGCAGCGACAUUCCUUUGCUAAAACAAAAAGAAUUAGCAAACGAUAGAAUGAAGGAAGAACAAUUGCACUGCUGAACUCCACCCCUGUCUUCUAGCUCCUCCCCCUCUCUGACUGGUGUUAGCUAAUGGACACUUGGUCUCUCUGGACACUGCCUGACCAUGAACACACCGACACACGACGACGGGCGCCUGCAGAAUACUAUUUUUCCCCUCUGCCAUGGCCAGGACUACAAAGACAGGCAGCAGUGUUUCACAAUGGCUCUCCAAAUACUGCUCAAGUCCAAGUGUACAUAAUGUAGUAUUUGCUUGAAGCGAAACAGACCAAGUUAGGCAAACUGUACCUGUACAAUUGGAGCUUUUUGCAUGUGUCUUUUUAUAAUGGACAGAUGAGUUCUAUUACAGUAACCAUACAACAUUUCAAAAUGUGUCGCAGCCGGCAUGAUCAAGGUUGCAGUCCAGAAGGGAUUCUGGUGUACCAUACUCACAUAGUUUUAAAUGGAGGAGAGAAAAAAAUGCUGAAAAAAUGAUUGCACAGUUGUUGAGUCUAAAGAAUUUUUUUGUAAAUUGUCAACAGCACAAAUAUUUUGUAUUGUUGUUUGUACCAUUUUGUAAGAAAAUGACGAAAAAAAAAGGGAAAGAGUCUGUUGUUUCAAGCGUGUGUUUAUAGUGCCACUGCAAUCUUGGUUUCCAAAUACCGUACAGUCAAUGCGCAGCCUUGCAGAUCAAUCUUGUAAUAUAGACGCUGAGCUGGAGACUCCCUGUCAGCACCAUGUGUUAUAAAUAAAAUUUCCCCUCCUUAUAUGAA